AUGGAUGUCGACAUUAUCAUUGGGGAGACCGCCAAGGAUGCUGCCGCCGAAGCCGCCAGAGCCGCUGCUGACGAGGCAGCCAAGGGCGUGCAUGAAGAAACUGCCAAGGGGUCUGCCGGGGGUGGCAAGAAGACCGACGAUCAUACUGACAGCAUUCCUUCUACAGGAGCACUUGGUGCUACACCGAUCCCGGAGCCCCCAGUUGCCGCGCCAACCGAAGGAGAGACUUUUGACGAGGAAGUCAUUGCCGCUGCUGGGCUCAAGAUUGUUGAUGAGUUGCGUGCCAGCAGCAGUGGAUCCAAGGAAGAUCAGCUCCUCCAGGCCAUGAGCGACAACUUCCAGAAGCUUCAGGCGCUUCACCGCACCCGAAAGGAGAAGUUGGACUCCAGGGCAACAGUUGUUGAAGCAGCAGAGGUGGACUUCCAGAAGCGCGUCGAGCAAACGCAAGUCUGGUUCGCCGAGGCUUGGCAAGAGCUGAGGACUGGCCCGGAGCAGCUGAGCCAAAGUUGGGACGAGCUCCUCUUGAAGCAGUCCGACAUUGAGAAGGCACAAGAAGAGGCCGCUCAACAGGCUGCCGCAGAAGAUGCUCGACUAAGGGAACGUUGUGUCGGGCUUGAUGCUCAUGAAGAGGACCUCGCCGCUCGCGAGGAGGCGCUUGCCGCCAAGCUCCGCGGCAAGGAUCAAGAAAUUGAAAACCUUGUCAUGCAGCGGACCCAAGAGCUGGAGCAGGAACACAAGAAAACACUUGAAGCUCUGGUCUUGGACCACACCGGCAAGCUGAAGGAAACCAUCAAUGCCGCUGAAGCUGCAGAGGCCGCCAAGAACGAGUUGGCCGGCAAGGUGAAGAAGCUGGAGGCGGAUUUGGAGGAUCACGGCAAGGAGAUCUUGAUGCUCAAAGGCGAUAGAGAGAAAACUCUCUACGACUUGGCGGAGAUGCAAACUACCAUAUCCGAAAAGACCAAAAAAACUCUCCUCCGCCAAUGA